UGUCCGAUUCGGAGCGUGGCGUUUCAGUGUUGUGCGUGUGUUCGUGGCCAGUGGACAGCCGGGGAGAUGAACUCACGCGACCGGCAAUUCUGGACCGAGUUCCUGCUGCUCUACCGAUCGCUGCCGGCCGUCUGGAAGGUCCGGAGUCCGCAGUACAGCAGCCGGGCGAUGAAGAGCGCCGGCUACGAGCAGCUGGUGGGGAAGCUGCGCGAGGUGGAGCCGCACGCCAACCGCUCGCUGGUGGUCAAGAAGAUCAACUCGUUCCGCACCAACUUCCGGCGGGAUCAGCGCAAGCGCGAGCAGUGCUCCGAGGAGGGGCUGCCCUUCGAGUCCACGUUGUGGUACUUCGAUCUGCUGGGCUUUCUCGAGGGCCAGGAUGAGGCCCCCCCGCCCGUGCGGGGGCCAGGCGGCGACAGUAGUGCCGGGGGGGAGGCAGCCACCGAGUUGGACGGCGAAGAGAUCUUCUAUCCCGCCUACGAAAUAUCAUCGCCCAAAAGGUGUCGCCCGACCAUUAAAGAGGAAUCGCUGCCGUCUCCCGACUCCUGCCCCUCGCCCCCCGCCACCCAGUACUCCUCCCCCUCCGCCUAUCAGCAGCUGCCGGAGCGCAGAACGCACCCAAUCGGCACGGAGGCGCUGGCUCACACGUGGAGCAGCCAGUUCCAGGAGCUCUCCCAGCGCCAGCGGAUACUCGCCCGAAAGCUGAUCUCGGACAUCCUCUACUACGGCUGCAUGGAGCAACUGGAGCCCAGUCAUGUCGACCAGCUCCAGCAGAUGAUGGUGCGCCAAAGCUCAAGCUCCAAGGCCCUGCCGCAAGUCGGCAACGUUUCGGCAUCGACGGAUUCGGGGCAGGUCCAACCCCCCACCACGGAGGGAGACAUUUGAAAAGCUCCGCCAAAGGCACACCCCCAUAAAUAUCGUUUUAGUUAGCCAAUGAAACCCUUAAAAACUCUAAAUUUAUUUUCUAAAUUUUCCAAAAAAUAUAUAAAUAAU